CGUCAACAUCAUUUUGAAAGUGACUUCACUGUCAGUGCGCAUGCUCUGGGGCUUCUUGUUCCUGGUGAAAUGGCUUCUGUACUGUGUCGCUGUGUCCGCUCGUCGGGCCUUCGGGCCGGACAACCGGCCAGGGAGAUGGCCACCCUGAAAGAAAUUUCAAACCGCUUGAAGAGUGUUAAGAACAUUCAGAAAAUCACAAAGUCUAUGAAGAUGGUGUCAGCGGCUAAGUUCGCCAGAGCAGAGCGUGACCUCAAGCCAGCUCGUGCCUUUGGUGCUGGUGCAAAUGUGCUGUAUGACCGUGUGCAGCCAGAGGAGAGUGACAGGGUGGACCCUGAAGCACAGAAUAUUAUGUUGGUGCUGUCCUCCGACCGUGGUCUGUGCGGUGCCAUUCACAGCAGCGUGGUCAAGUCUGUCCGUGCCGAGCUUGCUGAGACUAAGGAGAAGACCUCCUUGAUGGUGCUCGGAGAUAAGGCGCGCCAGAUGCUCCAGAAGCAACACUCUGACAAGUUCAUUGUCACCUUCAACGAGUACGGCCGCAUGCCACCCACUUUCAGCGACGCCUCGUUUGUUGCACAACAGCUUCUUGAGAGCGAAAUGCCCUUCACCAAGGGAACAAUCUUCUACAACCGCUUCAAGUCUGUUGUUGCUUUCCAGGCUUCGCAGAUGGGCUUCAUCUCACCCGGCGCUUUGUCGAAGGCUGACUCUCUGUCCGUGUACGACAGUGUUGAUGCGUCUGUUCUGGAGAACUACACAGAGUUCUCACUCGCUGCGCUGGUGUACGGUGCUAUGAAGGACGGUGCUGCAGCUGAGCAGUCAUCUCGUAUGACUGCUAUGGAGGGUGCAAGCAAGAACGCUGGUGAAAUGAUCAGCACAUUGACAUUGAAAUUCAACCGUACUCGACAGGCUGUCAUCACUCGCGAACUCAUUGAAAUCAUUUCUGGUGCAUCUGCUCUCGAAUAAACAGAGGUGAUUUCUCCUGUAGUCACUCGUCAUUGUUGUCAUUAUUUUAAAAUUGUCUUUCUUUCCCAUUAGGAUACUUGCAUUUCAGCAUGAUACAUGCCUUAUUAUUAUUUUAUACAGUUGAUGCAUGCGCACACACAUGUACAAUUGUCAGACAUUUUGUGUGCUGAGUUUUAGAACGGAAGAAAAAAUAUGACAAGAACUACAUAAAGUUUCAUUUUGUACUUUUGCACAGUUGGGAUCACUUUGA